GAGUGGUGGAGGACCUAAUACGGUACUCCGUAUGAAUGAUACGAAGAGGCAUGCGACGUCUGUUCGUGGCUGACGGGCAACGGCUGGGGUUUCAAUUGAUACAUACAGUACCAAUUCUGCGUGGCCCGCCGAUCCCGCUCGCCAGCCAAACCUUAGUCUGGGAUCCGAGGCUAACCACCGUGGUAAGUCAACGGCGAGGCGAGACGAGACGAGGUGUUUCGCCAUCCUCCGGCAGCGAUGCACCCAUCCGCACUCCUCCGUGCCGCCAUCGUCACCUGCGGGUCCGCCGGCACCAGCACAGCUUAGGGCAUUUCUAAACUUGAUGUCCUGGUCGCUGCCCAGUGGCGUCGGCGGGCGAAUCAGGGGCAGGGCAGGCGGUCUUUACCAUGGAUGGCAGGACUUGAGCCGGCGCCGGCACCAGGGUCGGAUGGAUCUGCCAAACGGUGGAUGUCAGAUUUUGAGCCGUGAUUCGAGCAGCGGGCGGGCGCGUUGCCAGUCACGCACCCGGCGUGCCCAGGCAAUAAGAACGAUGGCAGCUGAGGAGGACGGCGAACGGCCGGCGCGGGCAGAGUUUGCACACACGCGGCAGGCGAGGCGAGCAAGGGCGCGGCUGCUAUUCGCGCUUCGCGACGGACUGAAGCCCUGGAGGUCAGUUCUGCCGGCGAGUCCAUCUGAGCGCUCUUGCUUUUCUCGGAGCGGUGGCCCCGCUGACGGAAGAAGCUGGCUGAUGCCGCCGAGUCACGCCCAGGAGCAGCUUGGUGAGCUCACAUCGCGCCCGCUAGCCACACUCUGCGCGCACGUCACUGGCCGGGCAGUCGCACACCAACACGGCGGCGUGACCGGAUAGGCCGCCAUGUCGUCGCCCGCAAGGAGAAAGUGGCCGGUGU